AUGGCUCGAGGUGGGCGGCAUUCGCCUCCAAGCGCACACCACCUGGGGGUCUAUGCAGUGAUCGAGGCACAGGGCGGCGGCUUCAGGUUAUGGACAGCGCGCGAGAACAGGGACGGGAGCAUCGCUACCCUCGCCCUUGCCAGUGGGCGGCAGACGGCAGCUGGUCAAGCUCAAGUUGAUCGAUCUCCUGCAGGGCCCAAGCCCAUCUCCACGGCCGAGGCAUGGCCGAGGUGUAAAUAA